AUGCCUCACCACCACAAGAAGACUGCAAAUGCAUUCAAGAACGCCUCUCCCCGGGCGGAGAAGAAACAGAUUCUCUUGGAUACCACUCCGGCUCCAUUGCCCGUAGUAACCCCCACGAAUUACCAAGAAAUACACCAGCAGGAGGUCGAGGCUCUUCGCUCAAUAUAUGGUGACGACUUUGAAGAUGUACAGCAACGACGGUCCGCGUGGCAUCAAGCCUCCGAGGUUUCGUUCAAGCUCCAUCUGCGAGCACCCUCCAAUGCCGAUGUCCGUUUAGACUUAUUGAUUGAGCUACCGGCGACGUACCCUAAAACAUGUCCGAAUAUCACCCCAGAGAAUCUGGAAGACCUACGACGAGGCGCCCAGUCAAGGAUCCGCGAUGUUCUACGAAAUAAGCCUAAAACCCUUCUGGGAUCUGAAAUGAUAUACGAACUGGCGGACUCGAUACAGGAAAUCCUAGAGGAUGCAGCGGAAGCUCAGGCUCAUGACCAGGAUAUCCCUAGUCUAGAGGAGGAGCGGAUGGUGCAGGAAGCAGCUGCAAUCGAACGAGCGGAGCGUGCCAGGGAAGAAGAGCUUCGAAAGCAAGAAGCGGCCUCGGCGAAGGAAGAACUAGAGCUUAAGCAGCUGGUACAGGACGCUAUCGACAAGCGCACGAAAGCAUUAUCACGUCGGAAAAGCAGAUCGUCCGGGUUGGAAGCGUCUGGCGACCUCGAUGGUGUGGUAAAUAUACCCGGAGCAGUUACAUUCGAUCCACCUUUGGUCAUGGCGGAUGCAGACGAGGGUCCGUUAGUGUUCCGAGCGGUGUAUGGAAAGACCUUGUUGAAGAGUGUACAGGGUGCGAGUACAUUUAUAGUAAGGCCUGCGGUCCCAGAGAGCCGACCUUGUGCGCCUCUCAUAGUCAUGAAGGAGCUGUCAAUCAAUGAAAAGGGAACUGAUGCCUUAGUCUUUCGCGAGCAAAUGCGGCUGAGCGAGGACAAGCUUGAAAGUCUCAAGAGGCUCCGGCAUCAGAACCUAGUUGACUUCCUUGGCUUCAAGAUCCAAACGCCAUUGUACUCUGUGGAUUCCAAAGACAGUACUUGGACUGUAUUCGCUCUUGUUGAACAUGCAAAUAAGGGAUCGCUAUCCGAGUUUCUGGAUAUAGUCGGUACGGUACCUGCCGAAAUGCUUCGUAGCUGGACCAUACAGCUUCUUGAAGCACUUGAGUACUAUCACCGACAUGGCUUUGUCCACGGAAACAUCCACUGCGGGCGUGUUCUGUUGUUCAGAAACUCCACGGGUGGCACGAUCGUAAAGCUGCUCUCAAGCAUUGAAGAAGCUCUACCAGACGCAGCAGGGAACAAACGGAUUCUCACGGCAUCCAAGUCUCCGUUUUGGUUCCCUCCGGAGUUAACCCAAGGAAGCUCUUCUACCAUGAAAGCCGAUGUUUGGGACCUCGGAAUAUUGUUCCUUCAGAUGGCUUUCGGGAAAGAUGUACUUCAGCGAUAUACGUCGGCCAAUGCAUUGAUGGACAACCUUGACCUGUCGCCGCCGCUGAACGAUUUGCUACAGGAGUUCUUCAGGCCAAGUCCGAAAAAGAGACCAACAGCGUUCCAGUUGCAGCCCUCGGAGUUCUUCCGUGUCGACAGUCCCCUACUCAUGCGAACAAGUGCCUCGGAUUCUAUGUCAUUAUCGCGGCGUCCACGCUUUGAAUCUUUCAGUGGCGGUCUCCCUUCGUUUUCACGAUAUCACCAGGAUUUUGAUGAAGCCGGACGCUUGGGUAAAGGUGGCUUUGGUGAGGUGGUUAAAGCACGCAACAAACUAGACGGUCGCUUCUAUGCCGUCAAGAAAAUCUCACAUAGAUCUGCUGCUGCGUUGAAAGAUACUCUGUCAGAGAUCAUGCUCUUGUCGCGUUUAAAUCAUCCGUAUGUGGUACGCUAUUAUACCGCUUGGCUUGAGGAAGAUUACGACCAGAGAGAUGAUGAGGCGAUUUCAUUCACAGACGGAUAUUCUGUUGCUAGCACACAUUCCGAGGACUUCGAGUACAGCACCACGGGCGGUCUUGAUUUCAUCAGUUCGAGCGGGUACCCCAACAUCGAGUUUGCGCCGGAUAGUGAUGAAGAGGACGCUGGAACGAUAUCCACCCGAGAAAAGGGCUCAUCGCCUGAAACUUUCGGGACUGAGAGUAGCACCGGCAAGGAACUCAGCAGAGUGAGAUCGGGCUCGCAGGGUAGGCCAGUGCUCACUGCGCUAUACAUUCAGAUGGAAUAUUGCGAGAAACAUACCCUUCGUGAUCUUAUCAAAAAUGGCCUAUAUGAUGAUGUCGAUAGAUCCUGGCGUUUAUUCCGCCAAAUCCUUGAUGGCUUAACUCAUAUUCAUGGAAACGGCAUUAUUCACCGCGAUCUCAAGCCCGAUAACAUAUUCAUAGACGCGGCCAGCAAUCCCCGUAUCGGAGACUUUGGCCUAGCAACCAGCGGCCAGUUCACAACAGCUGUACGGUCUUCUGCAGCCGCAGAUUUCGAAGGCAAUCUUACUCGAAGCCUAGGUACUACUUACUAUGUAGCACCAGAAAUGAAAUCUGGAUUCACAGGACACUACAACGAGAAGGUCGAUAUGUAUUCAUUGGGAGUCAUCUUCCUCGAGAUGUGUCACCCGUUACCAACGCUCAUGGAGCGUGAUCAAACACUGCGCGCUAUCAGGGAGAAGCAGCAUGUGCUGCCCACGACAUUCCAGGAUUCCGAAAAAGUAGUUCAGGGUAAGAUUAUAGAGUCGCUCUUGGACCACAAUCCAUCCCAACGACCUUCUGCGUCGGAAUUGCUCCAUAGCGGCCAAAUCCCACUUCAAGUCGAGGAGGAAACUUUCAGACGAGCCAUCAUGCAUCUGCUCUCUGAUCCUAGCUCUCCCGACUACAAGAAGAUUCUUUCUGCGAUAUUUUCUCAGUCUCCGAAGAAAGUAGAGGAUAUCGCUUGGGACAUGCAUUCCCGUGCACCCCCGGCCGCAAACGAGCUCCUCGUGCGCGGCCUGGUCAAAGAAAGGCUUACGUCAAUAUUUCGCAGACACGGAGCGGUAGAGACCGCUAGACAGAUGCUCUUUCCGAAAUCCCAACAUUAUAGCACUGGCGAUGUGAGGCUUCUUGACGCUUCUGGGAAUAUGCUUCAAUUACCCUUCGACCUCACGCUUCCGAAUGCACGUGCGAUCCCGCGGCAAGACUCUUCGCUCGAGAAGACUUUUGCAUUCGGCACUGUUUACAGAGAUAAUCCUCAAGGUGGUGAGCCAAGAACCCAUAAGGAAGUGGAUUUUGAUAUUGUGUCGCGCAACACUUUGGACCUAGCUUUGAAAGAGGCGGAGGUGAUCAAAGUGCUUGACGAGAUUAUUGAGGAAUUCCCACCGCUAAAAGCCAGCCCUAUGUGCUUCUUGAUAAAUCAUUCCGAUCUGCUACAGCUUAUCAUGGAGUUUUGUCGCAUAAAACCUUCCCAGAUACCCUUGGUCAAAGAGGUGAUCAGCAGGUUGAACGUCGGCAAAUAUUCUAUGCAAAAGAUCCGAAGCGAACUGCGCUCUCCAGCAGUCGGAGUUGCUUCCACCUCGCUUGAUGAAUUAGCGAGGUUUGAUUUCAGAGAUACCCCCAAGCAAACUCAUAAACGAUUACGGGCAAUCAUGGAGGGCACCGAGUUUGCCGAGCGGUUGACGCCAAUCUUUGCAAGAAUCAAUUCCCUGGUCGCGUUUUUGCAGGGCUUCAAGGUAAAACGGAAGUUCUACAUUAGCCCUCUAGGCAGUCUCAACGACAAGUUCUUCCGAGGCAGCAUACUCUUCCAAUGCAUAUUUGACGGCAAACGACGCGAUGUCUUUGCAGCCGGUGGCCGUUAUGACUCUUUGGUACAAGAUUUCCGUUCGGGCGUCACGACGAACCGCGCUCAGCCCCAUGCCGUAGGCUUCAAUCUGAGCUGGGACCGGCUCAGUUCUGCGAUGAUUGACUAUAUCAAAGCUCCAACCAGGGCGUCUUUCAAACAUCCGGAAACCGAAGUCGGAGCGUUCUGGAGGACAAGAAGGUGUGAUGUACUUGUCGCCAGCUUUGACCCAACAGUCUUACGCGAGAUGGGCGUCAAAUUGACUCAAGACCUCUGGUCUAACGAUAUCAGUGCGGAACUGGCAGUUGAUGCGUCCUCUCUCGAAGAGCUUCUCACGAAGUACAAAGAGCAUAACCAUAGCUGGAUUGUUAUCGCAAAGCAGGACAGUAAAGAGCGAGGCUUCAAAGUCAGGUGUCUUGCGCCAAAGGAAGAAUUAGAUAUCCGCGGCUCAGAGCUCAUACCUUGGCUUCGAAGCGAGAUACGUGCGCGCAAUCAACGAGAAGGAGCCCCGGAAAACCCGCGGUAUUCUCGUCUCCCCAGCCAGUCUGAAACAAACAUGAGUGCCAGCGAACGGCCAAAUGCCGUGCGCAUCCUCGUACCACAACACAGAAGCAAGAAGACGAACCGGCGAAACAUUGUCGAACAAGCUCUUACACGUUCAAGAGAGGUGGCUGAAAAGGCCAUGAACGGCCCAAUAGCCGCCAUUGACACUCGAGAUGAUCUUCUCGAAGCCAUAAGGGGCACCCGUCUCUCCGACCCUGACAGCUGGCGCGCCGUCAUCCAGAAUGCGCCGCUCACUGAGCGGAAAUACCUCAAUCAACUGUACGACUUGCUGUCUGAAUUUGCAAGUGAAAGUCACGGGGAGAGCACCGAGAACCUCGAGAACGCUUUCAUUUACAAUUUCCGGACAGGUUCGUGUUUGUAUUAUGAUCUAGGAGGCGGAAAUGAACGAUAA